AAAAAAAGGGAGUCUUUGAGCUCUGGCUAGCAUUAAAAGCUUCGCAAGCCUUUCCGCAACAUCCAUCUUAUAAUGCAAGAGAUUGAAAAUAAGGCUCUCAUCAUUGUGAAGACAGAGGGCUUUGGGAGUGAGCUUAACAUGAGGGUGGGAGAAAUGCAUUGACUUCUUGAUUGGGGGACGGAAAAUUCUGAAAAUCAAGGGAUAAUCUUGGAAGAAUUUAAUGGCUGUAGUCGGAAGAUUAAGCUUGGGUUUCAAUGGAGAAAUGGCGGAGAGGAGUAGGGUUUGGGAGGGUUGAGAGAGGAUCAAAUUCUUAGCCGACAACAAGGGUUUAAGGUUUUUCUCAUUCUUAACUGCCUUAUCAAGGUAAGGGUCGCGAACCCAUUUGAUUCUUGCAUCUAUAAAUGUCCGAAUCUGGCCCUGGAAGUACGGGCUCCGGCGGUGGUUAGGCCUGCCGGCGCGGAGGCCCACAACCAUAAUAAGUUCAGUUCCCGGCCGUUAAAUGCCAAACCCAAGAAGGAUCUAAAACCAAAACAGAAAGGGGCAAAACAAAAAUAAAGAUUGCUGUGAAAAAUCUUGCCUUUAUGCACUUUCAGGAAAACAUCGCCGGCAUGGAUUGCUUAACAACGUGGGAUUCUCCGUACCGGCUGAUUCUUCAAGCUGCCAUGCUCAUACCGAUUUCCCACUAUUUAUUGGGCGCAUUUUUCGUUGUUCUGAUCAUUCUGUACAAUUUUUUUGAAAUCCACUUCCUUGAGGAUUUGUUCACUGGAUUUAGAGGUCAACCAGUGCAUUUAGCAUUCAAUCCUUCCUCCCAUGUCUAUCGAGUUGUUGGCUACAAGUGUAAGCUUCUUCAUUCCAGAUAUUUGUCCACACCAUGGAUAUGCAGUCCACAUUUUCAGACUGCGUUUUUAUCAUUCUUUGGGAAUUCCCCUGUAACGAAAUAUAGGAGACAGUUAUUUAAGUUGGACGAUGGCGGGACAUUAGCUUUGGAUUGGCUGAUGCACAGUGAUGCCGCGCCAGAUAAUGAUGCGAUUCCUAGAGACACCAAAAAAAUUAUCGUAAUAGUGAUUCCUGGAUUGACUAGUGAUUCCAAUUCUUCUUAUGUGAGGCAUUUAGUUUCCAUGAUGGCAAAACGCGGAUGGCAUGUUGUUGUGGCUAAUCACCGGGGACUUGGCGGAGUUUCUAUUACUUCUGAUUGCUUCUAUAAUGCUGGAUGGACAGAUGAUAUUCGCAAAGUUGUUGACUAUAUUCACAGUCAGUACCCUGAAGCCCCUCUUUUUACCAUUGGAACUAGCAUUGGAGCAAAUAUGUUGGUAAAGUAUCUAGGUGAAGAAGGGACUAACGUUCCAGUUAUUGGUGCUGCUGCAAUUUGUUGUCCUUGGGAUCCUUUGCUAUGUGACAGGUUCAUUAACCGCAGGCUUGUUCAGAGGUUCUACAGCAAAGUUCUAGCACUUGGCUUAAAAGGUUAUGCCAAAUUGCAUCAGAUGGUUUUAUCUCGUCUUGCAGAUUGGGAAGGCAUUUCAAGGUCGCGCACUCUCCGGGACUUUGACACUUAUGCGACUCGUAUUGUUGCAAAUUGUGCGACUGUUGAUACAUACUACAGGCGAUGCUGCAGUGCUCUCUAUCUCGAAAAUGUUAAGGUCCCUCUUUUAUGCAUCAAUGCCUCAGAUGAUCCAAUCUGUACUAAGGAAGCAAUUCCAUGGGAUGAGUGUCGGGAAAAUAGAAAUAUCAUUUUGGCAGUAACGAAGCAUGGAGGACACUUAGCUUAUUUUGAAGGGAUUAUGGCGAAAAGUCUCUGGUGGGUUAGAGCUCUUGAAGAAUUCUUGUUUGUUUUGCAUUCCAGCCCAUUAAGCCAAAGAGAAAAACAGAAGCAGAUGACACAAGUUCCAUCAAGUAUUAGCCCUCAAAAAUCUUCAAAAAGAAUUGAUGAUGCUCCAUUUGUGAGUGUUAAAGAAAAUGGGCUGGUGGCUGCUAAUGGAAACGGACCAAUAAAUAAGAACAAGUUUGAGAACAAAAUCUCUGAUACUGAAUGGAAAAGUGAAGAAGCAAGAAAUGCAAAGGAUUAUCCGGAAAAUGGUGAAUUGUCCCCUGGUGAAGCAGAGGCAUUACUUGACGAUGGAAAUGACAUGGGAAUGGUUCCUGUGAGGAGGCGUAAGCUGCCAAAUCACGAUGAAUUUUGCUAUUGA